AGGUUCAUGGAAACUGCAGUGCAUGUUUUCUCACCUGCUCACAAACAAACAACUCCAAAAAAAAAAAAAAAUUCCAUAGAAAAAACUCGGAUGAAACACCAUAUAAAGACUUGAAUACUUCAAAGGUCUUUUAGCCUCGUGUGUACUUGUUCUUCAAAUUCCAUUUCCACAAAUCUUUUGUUCUAUCCACAUACCAAAAAGCAAAGCAAAAAUAAAAAAAGUGUGUUUUUUUCUUAGUUUCGUAUUGGAAGGGUAGUACCAAAGACUCCAUUUUUUGGUUUUUGAACUUGUUCAACUGCUGGAUUUUGACAGCCUCUGGUCAUCAACUUGGACUUUUGGAGUGUGUAUAAAUUAGCCCAAGCCUACUGAUCUUUUCAUUGUGCUUCUUGGUUUUUUUUGCCUUCUGUGUUGUGUUUGCAGGCUAAAUAUUUUGUGCAAGUUGAUAAUUGGGAGUUGGUGUUCUAUGGGUUUGUCCCUCUCAAUAUUGGCAUGGGCAUGGGUCAAAGUUAUGAAGGAAAAAUUCUUUGGCUUGAGACAGGUUGAAGCUGUUUUAGCAAAAUCUAUCAGUUUUGGCGAGAAGGAAGUUGGCAUGACAUUAAGAUCAUUGAGUUUCAGACGAAGCGAUUCCGGGAAGGCAAUGUCUUCUGAUUGCCCCCGCCAACCGGUUCUUGAAAAAUCUCUGAGCUUCAAGAAUUGGGAGAUUGAACCUUCAGUUUCAUGUCAACAAGAUUUUAAUGAUUCCAAUGCAGUGGAAACACUUUCUUUCAAGACUGAAAGAAAUGAUGCAGUUACUGCACUUAAGUCUCCGAAUCGUGUUCCUGAGUUCUCGUCGCCGAGGCCUUCUAGCCGAUUAGCUGCUGCUGGUGUUAAGCUGCAAAUCUCGAGUGAUACUAAGGUUCAACCUCUUACUUUAAAGAGUGGAAGGAAUGAUGUUGCUGCUGAAAUGAAAUCCCCGACUAAACUUCUUGAGUUCUCAUCGCCGAGGCCAUUGAGUGAAUUAGAGGCAGCAGCCGUGAAGGUGCAAAAAGUUUACAAGAGUUACAGGACAAGGAGAAAUUUAGCUGAUUGUGCUGUGGUGGUUGAGGAAUUAUGGUGGAAAGCAUUGGAUUUUGCGUCUCUGAAGAGAAGUUCAAUAUCGUUUUUCCAUAUCGAUAAACAUGAGACAGCGGUGUCGAAGUGGUCUAGAGCAAGGACUCGAGCGGCUAAGGUUGGUAAAGGUUUGUCAAAGGAUGAAAAGGCUCAGAAACUAGCAUUACAACACUGGCUUGAAGCUAUUGAUCCACGACACCGAUACGGUCAUAAUUUGCACCUUUAUUAUGAUAUUUGGUUCGAAAGCGAGAGCACUGAGCCAUUUUUCUACUGGUUGGAUAUCGGAGAUGGCAGAGAAAUUAGUCUUGAGAAAUGCCCGCGAAGCAAGCUUCAGCAACAGUGCAUCAAAUAUCUUGGACCUAAUGAGAGAGAGGCAUAUGAGGUCAUUGUGGAAUCCGGGAAGCUUGUAUACAAACAAAGCGGGAACAUUGUAAACACUGUCGAAGGAUCGAAAUGGAUUUUCGUUCUUAGCACUACAAGAGCACUAUAUGUUGGUCAGAAAAAAAAGGGUACAUUCCAACACUCGAGUUUUCUUGCCGGGGGAGCUACAACUGCUGCCGGGAGACUGGUAGCGAAAGAUGGAGAACUUAAGGCUAUUUGGCCUUACAGUGGACAUUACCUCCCGACAGAAGAGAACUUCAAGGAGUUCAUCAGCUUCCUUCAAGACCAUGAAGUGGACCUUACCAAUGUGAAGAGAUGUUCAGUAGAUGAUGAUGAAUUCCCAUCAUUCAAAAAGCAAGAUGAACUGGCCAAAGUGGCCAAUAAUGAGAGUGAGGACUCUACAGCCACUCUUGAAGAGCCUGCCAAAGAAUCUACAGAGAAAGCUAAACCAGUAUUUGAACUCGGUCGUCGUCUUUCCUGCAAAUGGACUACUGGGGCCGGUCCUCGUAUCGGUUGUGUCCGUGAUUACCCUGCAGAGCUCCAGAGCAGAGCAUUGGAGCAAGUCAACCUUUCACCCAGGGUCAUCCCAUCUCCCAUUGGCAACAAGGUGCCAAUUCCAUCUCCCCGGCCAAGCCCAAAAGUCCGGCUUUCACCGAGGCUUGCAUACAUGGGCAUUCCUACACCUACAGUUUCCCUUACUCUUCCUCAACACAGGAAGAGGUGAAGUGCAGAUAGGCUCUGUUGCUGCUGCUGAGAUUUAACAUGACAAUUUGUUUUGUUCUUUUUCCCUUGACUACAUUUUUAGAUCUGUUUGAUUGAGUUGUGAAUUGUUCUUUGUUCUUCUUAUUUUUUUCCCACUAUGUUCCAUUUUGAUCAUGGACGAAUAAUUUUUGUAACAAGUUCAUUCUUUCAAUGUAUAUAGAAGAUGAAAUGGGUGAAUGAUUGAUUCACUC